GAAGUACAAGCCAAAAUCGUUUUUAUAAAAUCGAUACCAGUUUCACCGUGAAUGUCGUCGGGGUAUGGUUUAGAUAGAGUGUGCGUUUAGUAUUCAAUUUCCGGUUAGUUUAAAAUGGCCUUCAGUGAUGUGACUAGACGUAUUAAAGAUCUUAUCUUGAACAAUAAAGCAGCGACGUUUCUGAGUGUGGCACUAUUUGCGUUCAUCAUAUCAACACUGGCGUUGGCGAGUUCCAAUCAAAGCAAGAAGGAUGCUAUUGGACAGUGUGAAGCGUCAUACAACGAAAAAAUGAAGGGACCCAGUUGUUCGGUGCCCAUAAAAACUGGCCUUCCCGAGAAAGAGCCCGUUUACCUGUUAAAGAAGGCGGACUCGCUGUAUCUCUGGUUGCCCCAUGAAAGCUCGCUGGAGUGGAACAGUACUGUGAAGCAAAGUACACUGUUAUGUUCGGGCACUGGGAACAUGCUCGUAAAAACCAAUCAAAUUUCCAGUGAAACGACUUGUGUCGAAGGUACAACAUUCAGCUUAUCCGAAAGCGUCAAAGCCACUGCUAAAGAGCUGGAGUGCAAAGAAAACGUUUCUCCGGAUGCGAUAGAUGCUGGAAGUUCUUGUGGAUUUGGAAUGGGACAAAUGUACCACAUUGGAUUCAAGGCUAGUGAUACCGAAUUCGUCACGUAUAUACAAUCUUGUUUUGAUACCAAGCGAGCGUCCGUUUUAUACACUAUGCACUAUCUUCCAGGAGCAGCUAUAGCAAGUGCUGCAACGACUGAAGAUAGUGAUUGGAUAGUAACUGGCAUGCCCGACAUACUGAAACCGGAUAAUUCAUACAAGCAAGCUCAACAGAAAGAACAGUUUACGAAACUUUUGGGAUCUGCAGAUCAGGCAAAUAAGUAUAUUAAUGAUACUCAGCUACUAAUCGCAGGUCAUAUGACACCGAAAGGCGAUGGUGUUUUUCGUUCAUGGAAGCGGGCCACAUUUUUUUACAUAAACGCCGUUCCACAGUGGAAAACUAUCAAAACCGGUAACUUGAAUCGAGUAGAAGCCACAGUGUUAGAAAUUGCCCAGCGACUCCACGAAAGUUUAUUGGUUAUACAGGGAACCAGUGGCGUUCUAACGCUACCACAUGUAAACGGAACAGAGGUAUCAAUUGCUUUAGAAGAAACUGCUAUUGAUGUACCGCUAUGGACCUGGAAGAUAGUAAAAUCUCCUAGUAGAGAUGCAGGAAUUGCAUUCGUCACGUUAAAUAAUCCCUUCGAAACUAAAACUACCAGUUUAAAACCACCCUGUGACGAUAUUUGCAGCGAUACUGGAUUCUCCGUUACCCAAUACAAGACAUUCACUGACGGAUACACAAUCUGCUGUGAUCCAAAUUGGUUGGUAAGAAACGUACGCUUUGCACCGGAGGAAGGAAUGGCCCAUACGGUGCUCACUCGGGAUAUGCUGCCCUCCAGUGGAUCGCAAACGAUUGCGAGUUUGAUUCUAAUUCUGUUGAUUUUAGUGAUUACGAAAGUUUCUAGUUAGUAAAAAUUUUGUUGGAGAAAAUUAGAUGAAUGAAAAAAGUUAAAACAAUUCGAUUCGAACCUGAGGUGUUUCACCAAAUGUGUAGCGCACAGUUUAUUAGAAAUAUCAGCCAUUUUUUAAAUUACUGUUUGGGAAACACGGAACUUAAUAUUAAAUCUUACUUAAUUAUACAGCUGCAAAAACAUUUCGAUCACCUCAAAGCUUCAAACUCCAUUCGUGCAGCAAAAUUGGACACCGGACAAUCAAAAAAGUAUAUCAUUUUAGACGCCCAGUUCGAGAAGCCAAUAUAGUUGUGGCAAAUCUCCACCUCGGGAUCGGAAAAUUCCAAAAACGGAACCGUUUCCCCGUCUCUCGUUAGUCGCACUACUCCUCCAAGGCCAAACUCAAUCGUUAGCACGAACGGUUCCAGCUCCGAGAGGAUGUUCGGCGUUGGAAUUUUUGCCAGCACGUGAUUCCGAUGAUGAUUAAUGUUGUUGCGAACUUGACGGCGUACUUCUGUGUUUUUGUUUGAGUUCAUUCCAAUCACUGCGAUGAAUGGGAAUAGAUGUGUUAACGUUUAAUAUAAGCACUAUUGAGAAUCAGAAGUAAAGCGUACUAAUUUCAUGUAGAGUAUCUUUGUUGUACGGCAUCGCCUUUUUCGACAAACGAAUUAUCCCAUCCUGCUUGCCGAAAAUUCCUAUGCGAAGGAAGGUUGAAUUCCAGCCUGCGCUAAUGUUUUCGAAGUGUUCCGUUGGAAUAAAUUCUGUUGGGUGAUUGUAAUUGUUCACUGCGUUCGUCUGUUUACAACCGUAUAUGCCAUUGAACUUGUUAGUGUAUUUAUCACAAAGCACUAACGUUACACAUAAUAUUAUAACUAUAAAACUUCUACAGAGUUGAUAGAACAUUUCGAUGUCAUUCACUUCGAAGUUAUUGUUUGAAUGGAACUACAUGUUUUUGGAUGCUGUAAAGCAUGUUGUGAAAAACAAAGUUGAAGGUCGAAUUGAAAAUAAAUUUGAUAAAGCGUCAAGCUAAGUAGGUACAAUCAUUCAUGCGACGCGAUUACUUUUUUGAGCAAGCAGAUCACAGUUUUUAGCCGGGGCAAAGCUAAUUUGUUUACUAACAUUGAAAAUAGUAGUGUUCAACCGAUUCACUAUUCGAUGAGGAAAGCUAGUUAGAACUGAUUUUUUACAAUAUCCAUAUUUAUAUUUUUUAGGUCUGAAGUAAUUUUUUAAAACGAAGUGCUAAAAAAUUAUUGCUUUAUUAUAUUGAAAAAAAUCGAAGCCUAUUAACUACCUAGCAAAAUAUAUUCUUAACCAUUUGAUUCGCGGAAUGGUACAAAUGGUUUCGAUGUGUUUUAGAAUUUUUUUCAUGAUUUUUUUUUGACUCGGACAUUUUUCAACUCUAAAAUACAAAUCUCACAAUGCAUUCCUAGGAUCAAAGCAAACACAUGAGUUGUCUAUUAAAAGUUCACCAUAACUCAGAAUAAAAAUCUAGAAAAAAAAAACUUAUUAUAUAUUAUUUACCUAAUCAAUUUUUUAAAACUAUUUUCAAAAUGAUUUUUAUUGCUGGUACAAAACCCAAAUUAAUCCAGCUAGCGGUGAGACCUAGCCUUUCUCAACCGAACUUAUUAUUUGAUAAAAUAGAUUUACACGAACACUUCAAUUUCCAGAAAAAAAACCUUGAUAAUAUUUGCUGGAUUUAUUUCUCACUCUGAAUAACAAAUUUUGGUAGCCAACAGUGAACCUAUACCGGAGAUUUGAAACAUAACAUCAAACACAUAUAAACAUACAUUUACACAUGCAAAUA